AUGAAGUUUAACAUCUCAUUCCCAGAAACAGGGCAGCAAAAAUGCAUAGAUAUCGAUGACGAGCGCAAAGUUAGGCUUUUCUAUGAUCGCAGAAUGGGCCAAGAAAUAGAUGGAGAAGCUUUAGGCGAAGAAUUCAAAGGCUAUAUUUUCCGUAUUUCUGGUGGCAAUGACAAGCAAGGGUUUUCUAUGAAGCAAGGCGUCCUUGAGAAUAGUGUCUAUAUAUUUUUCUUAAUAAAAUAAUUUUUUAUAUAAAACAAUCAAUAAGAAUAAUUUUCUGAAAAAAAAAAAAUUGCCAAGAGAAUAAAGAGAGUUAGACUACUUCUUUCAGCUGGACAUACUAAUUACAGACCUCGUAAAAAGGGAGAACGCAAGAGAAAAUCAGUCAGAGGAUGCAUUGUAGGUCAUGACAUCGCAGUCUUGCAAUUAGUCGUAACAAAGAAAGGACCAGGUGAGCUUCCUGGAAUUACAGAUAGUCCUAUUCCUAGAAGACUAGGACCUAAAAGAGCUUCAAGAAUUAGAAAGCUCUUUGCUCUUGACAAAGGAAUGGACAAGAAGACAAAAGCUGAAGAAAGAGAUGAUGUGAGAAAAUAUGUCGUUAAAAGAAAAAUAACAAGAGAAGGCAAAAAAGAGUAUUUCAAGGCUCCUAAAAUACAAAGAUUGAUCACUGCUGAAAGACUAAGAAGAAAGCAAAAAGAAAAAGCACAAAAGAAAGAAAGAUGGACCAGAGCAAAAGAAGCAGCAAAGAAAUAUAACAUCUUACUCAACAACGUUUUACAUGAAAGACACGUUGCAGAGGCUAAAGCAACUCAAGAAACAGCUAAAGCAUAA